CAAGAACUCGGAGAAGCAUGACCAAGUGCGAUAGCGAGAAUUGAAGUUCCGCGAAUUUUCGUGCCUAAUUCAUCGUAGUCCUCUAGAAGGGCACGCAAGAAUGCUCGAAAGAUGACUGGGUAUUGAGGUGAAGGUGUCAGUGACUCUGAAGGUUACUGCCACCGUGAUUUUUACCUGGUGGGAUGGAUUUGAACGGGACAGACAAUAGCCUGAACGGCACCGAAAGCAAUCGUACUGCUUCGCCAGUCUUCAUCAUCAGUAGACAUUACAUGACUGAAUGGAGACGGGAGAGGCAUCGGGAGCGAUUUUGUCGCAUGUACAACCAGAUUUUAACGGAGUGCACCCAGUUUAAUGGAACAUGGCCUGACCCGGAUGAUCCACGCUGGAAUAGCGGAGAAUAUGUAGAACUUCUGCCAGACCUGUUUCCGACAAAUAACACCAACUGUUGCUCGAUAACGGGAAAUACAACGGCUUUAUCAACUGAGGAAACUUUCACACCCGUUCUACCACCCUUCGAACUCUGGCAGUCGAUACUGAUUGCUCUCUCCAUCGCAUUAUGCAUACUGUUAACUGUCGGAGGUAACAUUCUCGUUCUUCUGGCAUUUAUCGUAGAUAGAGCUAUCAGGCAACCGAGCAACUAUUUCAUUGCUUCAUUAGCAGCCACUGAUAUGCUUAUUGGUACCGUGUCCAUGCCAUUCUACACAGUAUACGUACUGAUGGGAUACUGGAACCUCGGACCAUUGCUCUGCGAUUUAUGGUUGUCGGUAGACUAUACGGUAUGUCUAGUGUCUCAAUACACCGUAUUAUUGAUCACCAUCGAUCGAUUUUGCUCCGUAAAGAUAGCGGCGCAAUACCGUAGCUGGCGAACUAAGAAUCGCGUGAUCUGGAUGGUCACGAUCACUUGGAUCAUCCCUGCCCUACUGUUCUUUCCCAGUAUAUUUGGCUGGCAAUACUUCAUUGGUUACAGAGACUUGAGUCCUGGCCAAUGCGCCGUGCAAUUCCUCAAGGAUCCGGUAUUCAAUACCGCUCUGAUAAUUGGCUAUUAUUGGACGACGCUCGUGGUUUUAUUUAUCCUCUACGGUUGUAUAUAUAAAACGGCGUACGACAUGCAGAAGAAAAGCGAGGCUAAACAGCGUAAAAUGCAAUCGAUGGUCGCCCUCAGUGCUGGCGCGAUGUCUGGAAUGGCGGCCGGUAUAGGAAUGUCUAAGACGCAAAGCACCCUUUUGAGUCAAGAUAAACAGAAAGUAGGCACAUCGGAGGAGGAUGCCGCGGAAGGCGAGGGAUCGGGCCAGAAGACCUCAUCGAAGACGUCCGCGACCGGGAUGACCGAUUCCGCGGGAAAGCAAACCUGUGCGAGCACUUUGCCCCCGGAAACUGAAAAGUCUGAACGUUCGAGUAGCCCGGUGUUCGACUCGGACGAGGAAAGCACAUUCGGACCAGGUCAACAUGUCUCUAACGUUAGGAAACGACCUUCUUUGGCCGAUAUGGUUGCUCAAUCCGGUGCUCUCCAGGUUUUCGUCACUAAUGGUCGCUUGAACGGGGUCGUUCCCGCGAAGGGUGAUCCUUCGAGCUUGCCUGCGUCGAGAAAAAUUCUGUCGGCGAGCCUGACGUGCGAUAUAGGCACGACGACGCAGAAGGCUCAAACACUGCCGAAGAUACAAGAGCUCAGCCUUCUGGACACCGACAAUCUAGCGGAACCCGACAAGUCCAGUCGGACGUUAACGCCCGAACAGUCUCUAAAGUCGAACGGGAACGGCAGUAGUCAACAGCCUGUAACCUCUGCGGAGACUUCGCCGCCCACUCAUCCCAACCAUUCGAUCAACAGCAGCCAACAAAAUAUCAUACCGCCGCCCACGCAAUUCCAAAGUAGCCCUCCCGUGACCGAUAGCCCGCUAACUUCGUCGUCCACGGACAGGCCAAAAUCGUUGGUGGUGCCUCCCCAAGGUCCAGGCACCUUCGAUAUCUUAACCGGCUUGGACAGCGGUGAUCUGAGAUACAUGGACGAGAGCUCGGUGAUAUUACCCAGCCCCUCGUGCGAAAGUCCACCGUCUUCCUUCUCGUGUAGCCUAGCCAAUCCCCUCUCAACCACACCUUCGUCGCCGAUUUUAGGUAACACAGCUUCCUCGUCGAACAUCAAUUUGCUGCAAGCUGCUCUGAUCAGAGCCACGGCGCAACAAGCGGGCAACCAGCAAAUAAGUAUAAACAAACAGAGCCAACCGUUGCCAGCGAUGUCCAACGCCUCGAGCCAAACGCAUCCUCCUCGCGUAUUCAUCACUCAGAAGACAAACGCCGCGUCUCAGACGUCGCCCACCGUCAGCAAAGUGCACACGGAGGUCACCGUGAAGGCUCAAGAUUCGAAACAUCAGCCGGUGACGACGGUGGUCAGCAAGCCAGCCGUGGAAUCGGUCAACGUAAGGGCGGAAUCGUUCGCGGACCAGGUCACAAAGGUCACUAAUCCGCCACAGAAUUCGUCCUCCAGCGGCAGCGUGGUGCCCACCGCUUCCGGGACAACCGUGAACGAACACGACACGAAGAAGAAGGACGCUCGAGACAACAAGGAAGGCGGUUCCAGAAGGGACUUCGUGAAAUCGAUCGGGAAACGUUUGAAGAGCAAAACGCAAAGAAGAAACCCUAUGGUGGGUCGACAGAAAUCACGGACGGAAAACAGAGCGAGGAAGGCGUUCAGAACGAUAUCCUUCAUCUUGGGAGCGUUUGUCGCUUGCUGGACACCUUACCACAUUCUGGCGUUGGUGGAGGGAUUCUGUACGAAGCCACCGUGCACGAACGAGCAUCUUUUUAUGUUUUCGUAUUUUUUGUGCUACGCUAACAGUCCCAUGAACCCGUUCUGCUACGCUCUGGCCAACCAACAGUUCAAGAAAACCUUCACGAGAAUAUUGAAGGGCGACUUGCACAUGACGUGA